AUGGACUGCACCCCGGACGCUGCACACAUAGAGCAGCUCUCUGUGUCACUGCGCUUUGUCAAGUGCCAAAUCGGUGCCGGGGCUACUGUUGGAGAGCAUUUUGUCGGUUUCCUACCAGUGCUUGACACAUCAGGCGCAGGGCUAACAGAUGCCUUCUUGAAGCAUUUGGAGAAGUUAGGCUUGGAUGUCGAAAAAUGCAGGGGACAGGCGUAUGAUAACGGUAGCAACAUGCGGGGGAAAAAUAGCGGUGUGCAGAAAAGGGUGCUUGAUAUCAACCAAAAAGCACUGUUCAUGCCAUGUGCCAGCCACAGUCUAAACCUCGUCAUUGUAGAUGCUGCGAAGUCAACAGUGGAGUCUGUGAGCUUCUUUGGGGUGCUGCAACGUCUGUACACCAUUUUCAGCUCCUCCACACAGAGAUGGGAGAUUUUCAAGACAAACGUACCACAGAUGAUGACCCUAAAGGCCAUAUCCAACACGCGAUGGGAAUGCCGCGUGGAAAGUGUGAAAGUGCUGCGUUAUCAGCUUCCUGCUGUCGGCGAAGCUCUUCUUUCACUGGUCGAUCAUGCAACAAAAAAAGGUGACAGUGAGACUGCGUCUGCUGCCAGAGGCCUCGAACAGGAGAUAACAAGCUGGAAAUUCCUGCUGACUGUCAUCAUCUGGUACAACAUUCUCCAUGAGGUGAAUCGUGUCAGCAAGCUGCUCCAGAGCCCACAAGUUGGGAUUGAUGUGCUACAGUGCGAGGUGGGAUAUGUUCUUAAAUUCCUAAAAGAAUACAGAGAGAACGGCCUUUCAUCCGCCCAGACAGAUGCUAGAGACAUCGCGGAAGAGCCACUACACGAGGCCGAAAACCCAAAUGCCAGUUUCCGUACGAGCCCCAAAAUCCGGAUCCUUCCUUGA